AUGGGUGGAGGUGGAAAGAUCCCGUACCCCAAGGAAGUCUGGUCCCCCGCUGGUGGUUGGUACGCCCAGCCCGCCAACUGGAAGGCCAAUACAGCCAUCAUGGGCGCCUUCAUCAUUGGCGUUGCAGCUGUGGCCUUCAGCAUCAGUGCCGACCGCGAGUAUCGCGACAAGAUGCCCGAGCCGGGCCGCUUCUUCCCCAGCCGAUACUGGAGUCGCCAAAUCCGAGAGCACGAGAAGCAGCAGGCCGCAAAUCAGUCAUAG